AUGGACAUAUCACAACUACUAGAAGAGAAAAAGCAGAAGUUGGAACAACUAAGACUCCAGAGGAUAGAGCUUGAAGAAGUACCAAACGUUGAAAAGCAGGAUACUGUUGAGGUAUCACUGCAAGAAAUCCCACAAGUCAAGUAUGAUAUACCCCCUCCUAUAAUUCCCAAAAUUGAACCAGUUUUACCUUUGCAAGAUGCAGAUAUUGAAGAAUUGGAAAGCAAACUUAGAAAGGAAUUGGAAAUAAAGGUCAGGGCUGAACUAGAAGACAAAUAUAGAAAAUAUUAUGAAUCGGCAGUGCAAGAUUUGACGAAAACACAAAGGCCGCAUAGUUUACAGUCCGAAGAGGGGAAAGAGAAAUGUGAAUUUACACCAACUAAAACAAAAGUAAAAUACAUUGAUGUUCAUGAGAAUAGCUGUCUGUCAGUUCAUGAUGAUUGCAUUCAAAUAUAUAAGCUCCCCUCACUAACAAUAAUCGGGAAAAUCCCUUUACAUUCAAAGGCGAAUGUAGCUGUCUUUGAUAGAACAAAUAAUGAAAGAAUAAUUGUGGGGUAUGAGAACGGUUUUGUACAUGUUUAUACCCCGGCUUUUUGUGUCUCUUCUAGGUACCAGCUGGAUUCAAUCAUUGCUAUCCAUCAGUCUCUUAAUUCAGUUAUAAUAGUCUCUUCUGCUGGGGAGUACACAGUUCUUGCUCCAAAUAUCAUUGAUGUUCUCAUACCAGCAACAAAUAUUUUUACAGCUUUGCAAUUUUCUCAUAAUGAGGUCCUGAAGACAUUGCACCCCCUUAAAGUAAUUACUGUGUGUUCGUUUGUUGGUGCAAAUAAUGUGAUUUUAGGAUUAGUUACAGGAGACAUACUAUCAGUUGAUAUAGGGACGCAUACGAUUACAAAAAUCCACAAAAGUAGUUUGCCACCACUGAGUAUUUCGUACACAUCAGGGAAAACGUUGGUCCUAAGUCUUGAUCACUCAUUAACCAUUAUCCACGGAGAUACAGUGGAGCACGAUGUGGGAUUUUCAUUCUUGGCUAAAUGGAUCACGCCGUCAGCCUUUUUAACUUGCACUUUCCAAAAUGAAUUAAGUAUUUGGAGCGAUAAUAAGAAAAGUAAAAUUCAUAUCAUUGAAGGUAGCACCGUUUCGGCUAUAGAGAUAUUAGACUCGAAAACCUUGGUUGUUGGCGACUUAGAGGGAAAUUGUAAAUUAUUUGAAAUGUAA